CUUGAAAUUUCCACUCACCUGCUCGCCAAUGGCGAGUGGAAAUUAUGGUGGGGGCGGGUGUGUCCCCCAGGGCAGUCUUGCUGAGCAGGCUUGGAGCUCAGGCCAGAUCUGUCAUUGGCUCUGGCUACUGUCAGAUCGGUCAAUAGCUGAGCGCAGUGAAAGCAAAGAAAGGAGUGUGUGCUGUGCUCUCUGCCUCCCCCUAGAGUGCAGUACCCGGCUCUGUGAGUGAACAACGAAGUACUGCAACUUUUUAUAGGCGUGCAUGUGUGUGUGUACAUGGGUGUGUGUUUGUGUGUGUCUGUGUAUGCAUGUACAUGUGUCUGUGUGUAUGUACAUGUGUGUAUCUGUACAUGUGUCUGCGUGUAUGUACAUGUAUGUGUACAUGUGUCUGUGUGUGUGUGUGUGUGUGUGUGUACAUGUGUCUGUGUGUGCAUGUACAUGUGUCUGUGUAUGUAUGUACAUGUGUCUGUGCGUGUGUAUAUCUGUGCGUGUGUGUGUGUACAUGUUUCUGUGUGUGUAUGUACAUGUCUGUGUGUGUACAGGUGUCUCUGUUUGUGUGUGUUUGUUGAUAGCAAGUAACUGU